CGUCCAUGAUUUUCAUCUCUUCCACAUCCCAUUCAUUCAUCCUUCAGGAAUCAAAGAAUAAUCGACGAGAAAGAGAGAAAACUAAGAGGAAAUAUCAAAGAAUUCGAUCGAUGGGUUGCGGGAAAUCGAAACACGAUGUGGUCACGGGGAACACGACGGCCCUCAAAAGAUCUUCGGAAGCCGAAUCUAACAAAGGCAAAGAGGACGAGAUCAUCACGAUGAAGCAACAAGAAAGCUGUCGGGAAACGAAGAACACAGACGAUCGGUCUGAAACGACGACGGAUAAUAAAGACAGCAGCAACAACGACAAUCCGAGCAAACCAGAUGGCUCGGAGAAGACAGAAUCACGUGAGGCGGACGCAAGCAAAGAGAUUGACGUCAAGAAACCAGACGAGCAAGAGAAAAUGGUAGAGAAGAAGAACGAGAAUGCUGAGGCCGUGGAAGAGCAAAAAGAGAAAACAGAUAUUGAAACACCUGAAGAAACUAUUGAUAAAAAGGAAGAUAACGCAGAGAUUUCGCCUCCUGCUGUUGAAUCUAAUAACGUCGAAACAAUCCCUGUAACAUCUGAAGUAGAAGCUGAAGAAACCUCAGUCACAACAGAAGUAGUAGCGGAAGAAACUUCUGUUGCAAGUAACAGCGAAACCCUAGCUUCAGAUGAUCAGGACAAAACAGAAGUUACAGAGGAGAAACAGAAUGAAACAACAACAACAAAAGAGGCUGAGACGGCUUGAAGACCCAUUUAUCAAACAGGAUAUGUGAUUAAACAAAAUAUUUCCUAUGUAUUUUCUCCUAAUUGCAACAAAUAUUUAGUAAUAUGUAAUUCUCAAAAAUAGUAUGGAAUAAUCAACUAUCUCUUUUCUA